CCCAGGCGCUGAGAAGGGUUGGCCGUAGGCUCGCCAAGACCCGAGCUGAACCCGCUGAUGCCUAGGCCACCUGAGUGGGUCUUGAUCGCCGACCUGAGCUCGUGAUUCUCCCGAAUGAGCUGCACCAGCUUCUUCAGUUCCUCGUUCUCCCUCACCAGCCUCUCGAUCUGAUGCCGAAGCCCCUCAUAAUUGGUGAGCAGAGACAUGCCCCGGGGCAGCGGGGCAGGUGCGGCCCGAGGGGGGCUGCACCUGGAGGCUGCCCAGGGCCCCGGGCCUUGCCCCGCCUGGAGGAGGGCGCGGGGGUUUGCGAGUUGCAAGGCCGGCCCAGCGGGCUCUGGGUAUUGUGAGGUCAGAGCUGCCCUCCUCCUUGCCCUCUCUGCUCUGGCCCUGCCCUGGCCUGGGGGGCACGGACCCUUCCUCUGCUGGGCAAACGCUGCCGUGCAGGCACCUGCUCCAUCCAGCGCCCUGCGGCCUGGGCUCGCAGGCUUCCCUGCGGCCCGUGUGGGUCAUGCCCCCCCGCCCUGGCUUUCUGCAUCUGGCUGCUACUGCCGUCAGGCUCGCUUUACACAGGGGCCCGUGCACCCCCCCGAGCGCUCAGCGCAGGGCCUAGGUGUGCCGCAGGCAGGUUGUGGUGCCGGUUCCCUCGCAGGGCCAGCAUCCUGCGUUGGGCUUGAGUUCGGGAUGGAACAGCAGGAGUUUGCAGGGAGCAAGGCUUCACCCAAAGCCCUCCAGAGGCACCUGGUGACUCCUCGCUUGCUGCUGCUGAGUCAGGCGACCCCCCCUGGGCUCCGGUCACUGGCUCCACACAGUCUGUCCCCGUUCACAUUUGCCUCCUGAGAGUCUGCUCAGCCCAGCGGCUUGGCGAGCCCGCCCGGGAUCUGUGCUCCCUUCCUGGCUUGGGACUCAGUGCAAGGUUCCUCGUGAAGGCCACCUUCCCGCGGCCACAGGAUGUCAAAGGACAGGGACCCGGGCCCUGGAGCCCUCCAUCCACGCGGACAGGCUGCCCCUCAGGGUGGGGGGAGUCCUCAGGAAGCAGCCAUCCAGCAGUCCCGCUGUGCCAUCCCCACCAGCUUCAUCCUUCCCAUGUGCCCGCCGUGGCCAGUCACGACCUCGGGUCGCAGCCCUGGGGGACAAGAUGCUGCUGGGAGGAAUUUGCCGGGUCUGUGCCCCCCAGAUCCAGCUCCCCGGACGCCAGCGGUGAGGUGCUGACUGGGCGCUGCGCUGCGGCAACCGUCAGUGUCGCGUGCGGAGAAGCCCCUGGUGCAGCCCCGCAUGUCCUGCAUCUGGUGUCUCCCCGGGCCCAGGCCCGGGUCUCCGUGGCCAGUCCAGGCUUCCCUCCCUCUCGCAGCUGUCAGGGCCCCGGCCUGCUCCUCCUCCCUCCAGCCUCGCCCCUUCUGGUGCGGCCUCUCCCGGCUGCUUGUGGACCCCCUCAAUCUGGGCUCCGCUCAGAGGGAAGCCUCGGGGUGCUGUUCCUGGAGAAGACAAGGACACAGCACACACUCUGUGUCCUAGAGGCCAGCACGGGUCCUGGCCCACGGGAGGUGCUCAGUAAACAUUUGAAUGCAUUUUUAUUUGACUUUUUAAAAAAUUAUUUAUUUAAGAUUUUAUUUAUUUAUUUGUGAGAGACACAGAGAGGCAGAGACACAGGCAGAGGGAGAA